AUGCAACAACAAUCAAAUGAUAUGAAUUAUCAUACAUUGCAAAUGAUGAGUGAUGAAAAAUAUCCAAGUGAACAUUUAUUAUUUGAACCGUUACCAUCAAUUGUGUCUAACAGAGAUUAUGAAAACAAUAACGAUAAUAAUAUUGAACAUUUUCUGAAUGAUGAAGAUGAUGACUAUAUGCAAAAAGGUCAUCCAUUAGAUGGUUUAGAAAUUAAAGGUCAUGUCAAGGUUUUAUCACCCGUUUUAUGGUCGUUGACAAAUAUUCGUUUUCUCAUUAUGAACAAUAAUGAGUUAAGUCGCCUUCCACCGGAAAUUGGAAAUUUAACAAAGCUUAUUCAUUUGGAUUUAUCUAAAAACAGAUUAAGGACUCUUCCAGCACAAAUUGGAAAUUUGGUACAUUUAAAACGAUUGUAUUUGGAAAAUAAUCAAUUGAAAAAUUUACCCUAUGAACUUGGAAAAUUAAAUAUUGAAGAUAUUGGUUUAAAAAAUAAUCCAUUAAGUGAUGAAGUUCUAAGCUUAUUUGCUCGACCGUAUGGAACAAGUGAAAUUAUGAAUUAUUUAAGAGAAAAAUGGAAAGAGUUCAAUUCAUUUCCCAAAGUUUCAUACAAAAUGUCGUUACCUUGGAAUAACAACGAUGAUAACAAUAAUAAUAAUAACAACAGCAAUACAAUUAUGUUAAGCGGUUAA